UUGUUUUUGUUAAAUAGAAUUCCAAUGUCAAGUUUAAAAUCAAAUUCAAACACUUUUAAAACUUAUGCAAAUCACAUUCCAAAUCAAAUGUAUCGUCGCAGGCUCUUCCAAAUUAUUCAAAAAUGGAGAAAGUCUAUUAGGGGUUCACCAUGUGCCAAAUUGCUGUUGCCCAGAUUCAAAACUUCGAAUCACCAAAAAAAAUUUGACCCAAUUAGCUGUAUUGAGCGCAUAUGGUUUGAACCAAUGCCAAGAGACUCCCCUUGGGUCAAACCUGUGCGCUUGAAAUACAUUGAAAAUGAAAAGGAAAAAUACACGGAUCUCAUUAAGACAAAAGAUGGAGUCAUGGUGGUACUAUUUAACAUAACUCGUAAGAAACUUAUUGUUGUGCGCCAGUUCAGGGGUGCCGUAUAUCAGGGAAUUUAUACAAGUGGCAAGGACGCUGCACCAAAAGGAGAGGCAGAUCUGGAAAAGUUUCCCCCGGAAAUAGGAAUCACUUUGGAAUUAUGUGGCGGGGCUGUGGAUAAGGACAUGAGCCUGGUGGAAAUAGCCAGAGAGGAAGUUCUAGAGGAGUGCGGCUACGAUGUACACCCGGAUUCCAUACAGCUCGUUUUCUACUACAGAUCGGGUAUUGGGACCUCCAGCGGAAGGAUGGCCAUGUAUUACUGCGAGGUGUGCGAUGAACAGAAGAUUACCAAUGGUGGCGGAGUGGAAAACGAAGUCAUUCAGGUGGUGGAGCUGUCUCUAAGUGAGGCGGCAAAAUUGGUUCAGACGGGAGCCACGACUAAUGGUGGACCUACUUUUUUGCUAGCGCUCGUGUGGUUCUUCCUCAACAAAGCUUCUGCAUAUACUUAGGUCCUAUUUAUUAAAUAGUAUUAAAUAUUUUUUUAAUUUUUUAAAA